ACAACACAACGAAAUGCCCCAAAUUUGGCAAAAGCUAACGAACUUUAUUUACUUCAUUCACGGCUUGCAUAAAACGCAAUAGUCUAAUUUAGAACUCUCUUUGGCCUUAAGUUACAUAAUCGACAAAAUAAUUCCAGCAUAUUUAUCGAUUUCUAAACAGAGUUCCAGUUUGCUAAGUUGGCAACACACCCUGGGGGUAGAUUUACCCUUCCCGGUUUGAAAAAACGAAAACAAACACCGGAAACCCGACAAAAACUUUCAAUUUCCAAUAAUUCGGCACAGGUAUUUUUUACAAGUUAGAAGAGAAAUAUUCUAGUUAUUCUAGUCAAGUGUGCUUUGAACGUUCUCCAUGUGAUCAAGAUGUUUCGAAAAACAAUCAAAAUCAAAACAAACAGUCAAAUUAAAGGAUCUGAUCGCAAAAUCAUCAAGGAGAGAUUGCUGAAAUCGUUUCCUAACCUCACUGAAGCAAACAUCGACGAUUUGCUCCCGAAAAAAGAAACAGUGAAUGCAAUUAAAUUAAUUACGCACACGAACGAAACUGUCCAUGUUUACACAAUCCAAAAAUGCCCCAUUGCUUUUGAGGUGCAUGGCAAAAUUUUCCCGACAGUUUAUUUACUUUGGAAAUUUCCAAACAUGCUGCCAUUUUUCACAACGCAUUCACAAGUCGUGUCAUUCCUUACUUCUGGUGCUGAUUUAAUGUUACCAGGAGUGAUAACACCACCUGGAAACAAAUAUGGGAAUUUACCAGAGGAGGCUGUGGCUUAUGUAAACGUCACUGAUAAUCAAGCUGCCAUUGCUGUAGGUGUCACAGCGCAAAGUUCUUCCGAUAUGCUGGCAUCGGGCGGAAGAGGAAAAUGUUUAACAGUUUAUCACUUUUUUGGCGAUAAGUUAUGUACCGUGGAAGGAACACAUAAUGUUCAGUUGGCGAAUUUAGGACCCCCAGAUUGGCUCAAGUUUACAAAUGAAGAUUUUCCUGAGUUGGGGUCCACUAAAGCUAUUCAAGAACCAGUCGAACCUGAUCAAAAUGACCAUAAUUUGCAAGAAGAUUCGCAAGAAUCUAGUCCACAACCAUGCACAACUGAAGAAAUGGAUCAACUUGUAACUUAUUGUUUUUUUGUCGCUAUUAAAUAUUCUAAAACGUUGAAUCUCCCGAUUUUGACGUCCAAUUUUUUUAAACUACAAAUGAUACCUACGUGCCCUGACGGAAAAACACUUGACAUCAAAAAAACUUCAUACAAAAAACUCAAACCAUUUUUAGAUGCUAUGUAUAAGGAAGGACUAAUUACUAUAAAAGAAGCUAAGAAAGGAGUGGAAUCAAUCACUGCCAUCAAUAGAGAUCAUCCAAAAUUUGCGGAAUUUUACAUUGAGCCUGCAUUGAGGCCUAAAAAGGAACAAGAUGAAGCUACCAUCUCCACCAGUAUCACUGAAUCCUUUAUCAUAACGCCAACAGUUUUACCUCUGUUUGAAAAUACACAAUUAAAUAAAGGAGACACAGUCCAAAUGCCCGAAAUUAGGAAACAAGUUGUUGAAUACGUAAAGAAGAACGACUGUCAAAGUGAAGACAAUAAAAGGUUGGUUAAGCCCAAAAAAGCAUUAGUAAAAAUUUGCAAAACUGAAAAUUACAUAACUUGGGAAGAACUGAUGGAAAAAGUGUGUGAAGCAAUGAAGUCAUGUUACAAAGUGACUUCCGCAAAUACCGAGUUGGUCAAUAAAGGAAAAGUAUCUCCAAUAACGAUCACAGUUUCUCAACGCUCGGGGAAUAAGAAAGUAACUCUCGUCGAUAACUUAGAGUUAUUUGGCGUGCAAAUCGCUGAUUUUGCUAAAGAAUGCCAACAUGGCGUUGCUGCCAGUACCAGUAUAAGUAGACCCUUGGGUAAAAAAUGUGAUCAAGUAUUAAUACAAGGGAAUCAAGUUUUAUUCGUGCACAAUCUAUUGACAGUGAAAUAUAAAAUACCGGCAAAAUACAUAAGGGGACUAGAAUACGCACCUAAGAAGAAGUAGUGGUUUUAAAUUGCUUUAUUUUUAUAUUUAUACAAAAAACUGUAAGUUUAUCAAGAAAUGUCCUAUUUGAUAUUUGAAUAUUACAUUUGUAUGAAUAAAGUUUAUUUUCAUUGCCAUUUCUA